AUGUGUGGCAUCAGUGCCAUCCUGCUUGGCGACGUCAAGGCUACCACGGCUGCUGUGGAGCUUCACGAGAGUAUCUAUUAUCUUCAGCACCGCGGCCAGGACGCCGCGGGUAUCACGGUAUGCCAGGGCGGACGGCUGUACCAGAUGAAGGGCAACGGCAUGGCCUCCAAAGUCUUCCAGGAGCCUGCUCGUCUCGCUGAAAACCUUCCCGGCUAUGGAGGCAUCUCUCAUGUCCGCUACCCGACUGCCGGAACCUCUUCUGCCUCAGAGGCGCAGCCCUUCUAUGACAGUCCCUUCGGUCUGAGCUUGGCCGUCAACGGUAACCUCGUCAACAGCGAGGAGCUCCGUAGCUUCCUCGAUCUUGAAGCUCGCCGCCAUGUCAACACCGACUCCGAUUCGGAGCUUCUCCUCAACGUGUACGCCCACGCUCUUCACGAACUCGGCAAGGCUCGUGCCAAUGCCGACGACAUUUUCGCCGGUCUUCGUGAUGUCUAUGCCCGCUGCAAGGGCGGCUUCGCCUGUGUCGCCAUGAUCACUGGCUUCGGCAUCCUCGGCUUCAAAGACGAGAACGGUAUCCGCCCACUGUGCCUCGGAUCCCGCCCCUCUGGCACGCUGGAAGGCGCGUUGGACUACAUGAUGGCCUCCGAGUCCGUCGCCCUCACCCAGCUUGGUUUCACCGACAUCGUCGAUAUCCUGCCUGGACAGGCCGUCUUUAUCCAAAAGGGCGGCAAGCCUCAGUUCCGCCAGAUUGUACCCAUGAAGUCUUAUACCCCUGAUAUGCCUGACUCUAUGUCUGAGGGUAUCUCUGUCCAUCGCAGUCGUCAGAAUAUGGGCCGGAAGCUGGCCGAUAAGAUGAAGGAGAUUCUGGGCGACAAGGGAAUCGAAGAGAUCGACGUCGUUAUUCCCAUCCCCGAGACAAGCAAUACGUCCGCUUCUGUUCUCGCUAAUUGCCUGAACAAGCCGCUGUCAAAUGCUUUUGUCAAGAAUAGGUAUACUUUUAGAACAUUUAUCAUGCCCGGUCAAAAAGCCCGCCAGCAGGGCAUUCGCAGAAAGCUUUCGCCCAUCCAGGCGGAGUUCCGGGACAAGGUCGUCCUCUUGGUUGACGACUCUAUUGUUCGCGGCAACACAUCAAGAGAAAUCGUCUUGAUGAGCAGAGAAGCGGGCGCCAAAAAGGUCAUUUUGGCCUCGUGCUCGCCGGAAAUUAGACACCAGCACGUCUACGGCAUUGAUCUUGCCGAUCCUAGCCAACUCGUUGCCCGCGGCAAGACAAGACAGGAGAUUGCCAAGGAGAUUGGCGCCGAUGAGCUGAUAUACCAGUCCUUGGACGACCUCAAGGCCGCCUGCCUCGAGGCCAUUGACGGCGAGACCCAGAUCACGGGCUUCGAAGUCGGCGUCUUUUCUGGCGAGUACCAGACCGACGUGCCCGAGAGCUACUUUGAGCAUCUGAAAGAGCUGCGCGCCGGCAAGGGCCUGAAGCGCAAGACGACCGAGGAGCCCGGCCCGGAUGCCAAGAAGCUGACCCUCAUCGCCAACGGCGGGCCCGUCAACGGGCCCGCCCGCUCGGAGCCGACCGCCGAUAUGAACGAGGCCAUGACGAGCCAGGAGGACAUUAGCCUCCACAACUUUGCUACGGGUCGGUAA